AUGAUAUCAGGAAGCUGUGCAUGCCGUUACAUUCGUUACACAGCCAAUGUCGCCCCAGCAGGAGUGGUGAAUUGCCACUGUACAACAUGCCGCAAACAAGCUGGUGCACCCUACCAAGCUUUCGUGCAUUUCCCCAUUAGCUCUUUCAAAUGGGAAGUCGAACCUACAAAAUGGCAAUCAAGUGAAAUCGCUUUCCGAACAUUCUGUCCUCACUGUGGCUCGAACUUGAGCAUGUCUUACGAUUCGGACCCGAACGAGAUAGCGAUAGUCGCAGGGACGCUUGAUGACGGAACCAUUGUGCCGCCGCCGUCUAAACAUAUAUUUCUCAAGGACAAGGCACCGUGGUAUGAACUUCCGGAAGAUGGAGCUGCAAGAUAUCAAGGAUGGACCGGAUAG